UGUGCGAGCCCUCCCUGCCUGGCCCGGUCUCUGCCCCCUCUCAUUCCAUCUCUCAGGCCUCCUCCAGGAGUGCAGUCAUGGCUCUCUCUUCCCCUCCUCUCCUGCUCUUCCUCGUGGUGCUCCUCUCCUCCCUGCCUCCCCUCUGCUCCCCGGAGUCCCCGCGUGGGACGGAGGCCUUCUCCCCCAGCUUCCUCCCCUCCAUCUACCCCACCUCCUACUCCAACAUGUCCAGCCCGGCUAAUGGGACCAUUGACAAGUGCUUAAUGGUGGUCCAGUGCAGGAAGGGCAUCCUGCUGCCCGUGUGGGAGCCGGUCAACCCCGGCCUUGGAGACAAGAUCGCACGCGCCGUUGUCUACUUUGUGUCCCUCAUGUACAUAUUCCUGGGCGUGUCCAUCAUUGCUGACCGCUUCAUGGCUUCCAUUGAGGUCAUUACUUCACAGGAGAAGGAGGUGACCAUCACCAUGCCCAAUGGGGAGACGUCAGUGGCUACGGUGCGGAUAUGGAACGAGACGGUGUCCAACCUCACGCUCAUGGCCCUGGGCUCCUCUGCCCCUGAGAUCCUGCUGUCCGUCAUCGAGGUGUGUGGGCAUGGGUUUAAAUCUGGGGAGCUGGGCCCUAGCACCAUCGUUGGCAGUGCAGCCUUCAACAUGUUUGUGAUCAUCGCCAUCUGCGUGUGGGUCAUCCCGGAAGGGGAGUCGCGGAAGAUCAAGCACCUGCGUGUGUUCUUUGUCACGGCGUUCUGGAGUAUCUUCGCCUACAUCUGGCUCUACAUCAUCCUGUCCGUCAGCACGCCAGGAGUGGUGGAGCUGUGGGAGGCCCUUGUCACUCUCCUCUACUUCCCUGUGUGUGUGAUCCUUGCCUGGAUCGCCGACCGCCGCCUCCUCUUCUACAAGUACAUGUCCAAGCGCUACCGGGCUGACAAGCGGCACGGCAUCGUGGUGGAGACGGAGGGAGAGAUCACCCCAAAGGGCAUGGAGGGCAUGAUCAUGGAUGGCAAGUUUCCCCACCAUGGGAGGGCAGUGGGGCCAGCAGAAAGCACCCAGGAGGGCGCCAACAACACCACAGCCACCGGCGCCACCCUGCCCUCCUCCAACAGCACCACCGUCACCAUGGACAACACCAAGGAGCUCGACGAGAGCCGCAAAGAGGUCAUCCGCAUCCUGAAGGACCUGAAGCAGAAGUACCCAGACAAGGAGCUGGACCAGCUGGUGGAGCUGGCCAACUACUAUGCCCUGCUGCACCAGCAGAAGAGCCGUGCAUUCUACCGUGUUCAGGCCACGCGCAUGAUGAUCGGCGCUGGCAACGUGCUGAAGAAGCAUGCCGCCGACCACGCCAAGCGCACGGCCACGGCGGAGGAGGGCGAGGAUGCGGCCGAUGAGGAUGACCUGGCCAUCUGCAGUCGCCUGGCCUUCGAGAGCGCCCACUACCAGUGCAUGGAGAACUGCGGCGUGCUGAAGCUGGCCGUGAUAUGCCAGGGGGGCGCCGGGGAGAACACCUUCUACGUGGACUACCGCACCGAGGACGGCUCGGCCAACGCCGGCUCUGACUACGAGUACGGCGAGGGCACCGUGGUCUUCAAGCCCGGAGACACCAGGAAGGAGAUCCAGGUUGGCAUCAUUGACGAUGACAUCUUUGAGGAGGACGAGCACUUCUUUGUGCGUCUGCUGAACCUGCGGGUGGGCGAUGCCGAGGGCAUGUUCGAGAGUGACGAGGUGGGCGAGGCCCCAAAGGGACGACUGGUUGAGCCUCUGGUUGCCACAGUGACCAUCCUGGAUGAUGACCAUGCGGGCAUCUUCACCUUCAGCGAGCGGCUGCUGCGUGUGAGCGAGAGCGUGGGCACCAUGGAGGUGACGGUGGUGCGCAACUCGGGUGCCCGUGGCACGGUGAUCCUGCCCUACCACACAGAAGCGGGCAGUGCCAAGGGCGACGGUGUGGACUAUGAGGACGUGAGAGGAGAACUAGAGUUUGUCAACGAUCAAACCACUCAGACAAUUCAAGUGCGCAUCACCGAUGAUGAGGAAUAUGAAAAGCAUGAGAACUUCUUCAUUGUGCUGGAUGAACCACGGUGGCUCAAGAGGGGCAUCUCAGCUUUGCUACUCAACCAAGAGGAUCCAGAGGGCCAGAUGAGUGCAGAGGAAGAGGAGGCCAGGCGCAUAGCUGAGAUGGGGAAGCCAAUCUUGGGGGAACACAGUCGGCUGGAGGUGGUCAUAGAAGAGUCCUAUGAGUUUAAGAGCACUGUGGACAAACUCAUUAAGAAGACCAACCUGGCCUUAGUGAUUGGCACACACUCUUGGAGGGAGCAAUUCGUUGAGGCAGUGACCGUCAGCGCAGGUGAUGGAGAUGAGGAUGAUGAUGAAGGUCGUGAAGAGCGUCUGCCCUCCUGUUCUGACUACGUCAUGCACUUCCUGACUGUGUUCUGGAAGGUUCUCUUUGCCUGUGUGCCGCCCACCGAGUACUGGAAUGGUUGGGCCUGCUUCGUUGUCUCCAUCAGUGUUAUUGGCUUCCUUACUGCCAUCAUCGGGGACUUGGCCUCCCACUUCGGCUGCACGGUGGGGCUGAGGGACACCGUCACUGCCGUGGUGUUUGUGGCCUUGGGCACCUCAUUACCAGACACAUUUGCAAGUAAGGUGGCAGCCACGCAGGAUCAGUAUGCUGAUGCAUCUGUGGGCAAUGUGACGGGCAGCAAUGCUGUGAAUGUGUUCCUGGGUAUUGGCGUGGCAUGGUCAGUGGCAGCUGUCUACUGGAAGAUCCAGGGCCGUCCGUUCACUGUGGACCCAGGCUCCCUGGCCUUCUCCGUCACGCUCUUCACCAUCUUCGCUUUCUUCGUCAUGGGCGUGCUGCUCUUCCGCCGGCGGCCCUCCAUUGGGGGUGAGCUCGGGGGGGCACGAAUCCCCCGCCUGCUUACCUGCCUCCUGUUCCUGUCCCUCUGGCUCCUCUACAUCCUCUUCUCCAGCCUGGAGGCCUACUGCCACAUCCAGGGCUUCUGAAAUGGGAAGAGGAGCAGGACGAGCAGGAGCAGAGCCACAGCAUGCUGUUCAAAACCCAACAGACAUCCACAUCCACAUCUCCACACUUCUAGAGCACUCCAUAGCCACGCACGCGCACACUCACACAUAAAACACAUACACACACACACACACACACACACGCGUACAUACAGGCAAAUCACUGGGCCCAGUAUCCUGUUCCUUGUUAAGACAUGACACCAUUGAUUGAAGGACACCAUUACAGACGUGCAGAUGAACACCAACAUACAUGCAAACGUGCAAAGGCCUUCAGGAAGCUUUUCUAAAAGGAAACUACACCUUCAGCAAGCUUCGCUGGUUAAGCCAGGAAGAAUUCAGACUUUAAAUCAAUCCGUCCCAUUCGUUUAUGACACCCAAGCCUACACCAGUCAACAAAGAACGUCACAGAAGGAGAGAAAGGAAGUAAGACAGAACGGAAUGUAGAAAGACGAGAGAUGGAAAUGAAUCUGUUGACAGAAUACAGAAUGUAGUGCCAGUAAGGAGGGUAUGAACAGUGGGGAAAUCAUGCAGGUAGGGAAAGAAAGGUCCGAAUGGAUAGAGGAACUACUUUGAGCACAGCAGCCUUCUCACCCUGGCUUGAGUUUCAACUGUCUUGCUCAUGAGCUGUGGGUACAACACUACAGGGCUGUGUGCAGUACAUGUGGAAGAUGAUGUUCUCCAGUGGGCUCUGGAGGGGAAGCAAACCAAGAAGUUCCCUUCUAUAAAGGUGUGUAGGAUGAUGCAGCUGGCACAUCCUUCAAUUUUAUGGAAAUGGUUCAUCACCCAGGAACAACAGGGAGGAAGGAGCCAAGAUGUCAUAUUUAGUACCAACUGGAUGGCCUAAGGGAGAAAUAGAGAAAAGACUAUAAUCACAGAGAGAGAUGUUGAGGACCGGAGGAUGAAAUCAUGGUGUGGCUAGAGCUUGGCCUAAGCAGUUUUUCCAUGUAAAUACAUAUCUCCAGAUCAUUUAUCUUCACUGAUGGAUGAACUGAUAAGCCAGUAAUAUGUAGGGGGUUCACAACAGGGAAGCAUUGUAUGUCUCCAGAAAUAAGAGAAUGAGAGAGUUUGGACCAGAAUGUCCCUUGGCAUUGCUGGGUCAGCUCCAGGAGAAUGGAACAAGCUGUUAUGGAACUAUUCACAUACAUUUUCUAAAGGUUCCUCUGUUCUAACCAUGUUUCAGUCAUAGAUGUAUAAAUUAUUUAUUUAUGUUUUUUUUUUGUUUUUUUUAAAUAUAACUACAAAAAUAUUUAUUUGUUAAGUUGGUAACUAGUCAUCAGGCUGUGUUGAGCUCCAGCUGAGAUGUUGGGCGGUCUCCCCCGAGAUCGAGGAGGCUGCUUUGGGUCUCCAUUGAGUGGCCCCUGCAGCUGCCAGUCACCCAGCACAUCCCGCACUUCCUGUCAACAGCAGAGAUGGCAAAGCCCCAUGUGGCAUAGUCUCCCAUUUCACAGCGCGGACCUCUGCCAUCACUACGGGGAAGAUUUGACUAUCUUGCUGGCACAUUGAGGAUUGUAAAUAAAGCUUUUAUAUUUUACUGACUUGGUUUCCCAUCUGAGUGACUGCAACCCCACCCCGUACACCCCUGGACUUUUGCUCCACCAAACCAUUUUGUCAUUUCACUCAACUUAUCCUAGUUUCUGUUGUGUUGAUGUUGUUUUUCACCUUCUCUUUAGCCACUUUAAACACUGUGUGACGCAUACAACUACAGCAUAUCAUUAUCUUCAUUUUUUUCAGAACUAGAGCUAGCUUUUUAAAUUUGUCAGUAUGGACAAUAAAGACUAUUUCAUGUUCUUCUUUGUUCGAAGAAACACUUUUUCUUCAAACUGUCUCCAGGCAGAGAAGAGAGAACCGAAUAGGUCCUGCUGUAGAAGUGACAUUUAGUGGCACUGUCCUCUGCACAGGCCAAUGAGUCAUGAUGGAUCUGCAUUUGUGCUGAGUUUUACAUGUUGUUUGCCUGUCAAGUGAUAAUUGUUUAUGUUUGUGGAAACCUGUGGAUUUGUGAUACGUGUCUGUGGAACAGCCCACUUGGCAUGGGCUGAUGCUUAAUUGUGACGUGGGUGGAAAUGCAUGAUAGACUAUACAGUGGCAGCGAUAUAAUGGCAUGGUUUACCUAUAAAACAUGCAUGGAUGGUGAUACAAGAAAAGACAGUGUUCAUAUUUAUUAAAAGGAAGUAGUUUGAGGAUCAAAGUAGUGUCUCCAAUUAUCUCAAUUUUCAGUGUGAAGUACUGUACUGACUAACUCUCCUGAAUUCUGUACCAAUACGGUGCUGUUCAUAUUUUAUAUCUACUGUACUUAUAUGUUGGUAUUGAUAUGUAAUACACCUACAACAAUUCAACAUGUUGUAGAUUAAACGUGAAUUUUUGGCUUACCAUUCCAUCCCAAAACUAGUUUGACUGGUCUGCCAUAAACAAUCUGUCUAGACUAGACUGUCUAGACUGAAAGCUCUUGCAGUAAUUCUGCAGGUUCAACACCUUUCUCCUGAUGUGCCCUGAAUGGUGUGUGGUUAUGGCAUCAGCCUCUUAUUGUAUGCCUAGAUGAGGAGUAUGUUGGUUUGGUCGGGGUUUUUACAGCGAACACACACGGGCUCAUAUUCUACAUUGCUCAUUUGACUGAAAUGGAUAGGCCUUGUCCGCAUCAUAACUACUAAAAACGUUCACAUUGCUUCUAAUUCACUCAAAGAGACUGUUAAGUAGUGUUGUGUAAUAUACAAUAUACCUUUUUUAGUUUCCUAACUUACCCAAAUACUGCCUUAAGAAGAUUCAAAUAAUUUAUUUUAAGGUAAAUUAUGUGUUGGCCGUCUUGCGUCAUAGAGUAUUUGUUUUGUUUUUUUGUUUGUUGUUUAGUAGUUGUUCAGUAGUUUUAUGUUUGGAGAAUACUAGACACCAAAAUGAUUGAGAGAUAAUGUGCAAUAUGAUUUCCCUGCUAAAGCACAGCAGACAAAGCAAAACACUUUAGUUAGCGACACUUUUCACACUGUAUUGAGGUGUUCACAACGAUGUGUCGUGAAUACAUGAUUCCUAAACCCUUUUUGUACUACAGAGGUAGAUUCAGCAAGUGUCACUUGAAUGACUUCAUGAACUGAACAAAUAAGUCCCAUUUUCGCUCUAUAAUUCCAUUUGGUUGAUUAACCUAGUAAUGCACAUUUCAAAUCAGGCAUAGUUGGUGGCAUCAUGGUGAAGAAUCUAUGGUUAAUUUCCAGUAUUUCAAUAAAAUGUUUGAUAGGAUAUUCUUAGAUAAUCUUAGUGCUAUGAUAUCUGAAAUAAAGUGUUGCUGGCACUACAGGUGUUGCCUCAUGAAGGGCAAGUGAAUGGUAUGGAAUGAGUAAAGUGCCCUUCAGAGGUUGUGCAAGACUCCUCUCUAUGGUCAGGAAACAACCAUUUAUGGUAUGUGCGGCCAUACCACUUGAAAUCAUUUAGGAGUGAGAGAUGUGAAGUGUGUCUGUUAUUCAUAGAAAUGUUUGUAUGCGGCGUUUCAAAUGUGUAGCCUACACUGUUUCAGCUUCAGUGAAUUCUUUAAGAGAGAUUACAUUUCUGAUAGACAUACUUGAUCAAAAUAUGACACAUGCAGGUAGUACUGAGGUGACAUGCACCACCAGAGUGGAAGCUUCUUAUGGCUUACUUUCAUUUAUUUGUCCACUAUAACAAACUUUGUAAAAUGUGUUUUUUUAUCUGCCUGCUGUAACAUGUGACAGGUUUUGUACCCUCACAACAGGCCGUUACCUUCAGAGAUUUUCAUUGGUGCACAUAUUUUUGAUAGUUUUCCAUUGGAUACCACAAAGCAAUUCACAACAAAAAUGAUAUAGCUAAUGCUACAGCCUAAUUUGUAUUGUAUCCGACUUAGUCGCUUUAAUUUGUAGUCUUUUAAUCAUUGCUUAACUCUUUGAUAAACUCAAACCAUUUCACUAUUAUUUUUUUCUUGUUGUCUUUUUGUCAAACAAUAUAAAUCAAUACACCAUUUCAGAGAAAGGUUAGGGUAGAUCUCUGACAGGAGUUUAGGAAUGUAUUGAAAAGAGAGUACAUUAUCUGAGAAGUUGCCAAUCAAUGUCCACUUAGUCUUCUUCACUUCCUGUUAUGCCAAGAAUACUGGCAUUGACAAGUGCACAAAACAUUGUCAUCUAACGUGUGUUUUCAGGUUGCUGGAGUACUCACAAGUGGAUGUGGUUGUGGUUGAGAACUCCAGAGUACAAGUGGAACAGCAACAACUUUUUGUUUACCACUGCUUGUGUAGCAUCAGUGUUCACUGUUUGUACAUGUAAUGUGCAUGAACUCUCUGUUGAUUUGUGCGCAUGACCUGUUGCUAUUGUCUAGGUUUACAAUCCACAAUCUGGUCUUUCCUUCAGAUUGAUGGCUCCUCUUGUUCAGGCUGUGACCUGUGAAACCACUGGAGUUUGUCAGUGGUCUGAAAAAAGCUGACGGGCUACUUUAUUGUUGUUUAAAUAAAUAUAUGUUGUUAAUUUAACAACUACUAUGCUUUUACAAAAGCUGGUAAGUGACUUGUCAACCAUUUAUUUGUAGACUGAAAUCUGAGGUUGUCUGUGUCUGUCUUUGUGUUGGGGUGCCCUGCCUCCUGUCUUGCUCACCUGUGGAAUUUCUGUGAAAAUGAUGUGGUUAUUUCUCUCUGCCUGAAUAUUCUAAUGAUGACUGAAGACAAGAUGUAAAAAUAUAAAAAAAAAUAUGAUAUAAAUAUAUAUACAGAAAACCAGAAAAUUGACAUUUUUUCAAAUGAAAUAUAAUUGCUGAAACAAAGGAUGCUUAUUGUUUUUGCGAACAUGGCAUGAUGUGUAUUGUGUCUAAAAACUUGUAAGAACUCCAGUUGAUCUUAAUGAAUAUAGUUAA